GGGUUUCUGGGAAAACACCUCCCUCGCAGAAACUUCACGGAAGGGUGUGCAGAGUGAUUGUCUUCCCAACGUUGCUGUGCGUGUGCGUGCUCCUGAGAUGGGUCGUUGUGGUUGUCCUGAAGUGUGGACCUCGGAAGACGACCAUUACAGGUCAGGAUGGCUAACGGGCUGGCUUCCCACCUGGUGUCCUACAUCUACAUCACACCUUAAAGAAGCUGAAGAGAAAAUGUUAAAAUGUGUUCCCUGCACUUACAAAAAGGAGCAUGUUCGUAUAUCUAAUGGGAAUAGAAUAUGGACACUGAAAUUCUCCCACACUGUUUGCCAUAAAACUCCCCUUGUUCUCCUCCAUGGUUUUGGAGGAGGGCUUGGACUCUGGGUACUGAAUUUUGGAGAUCUUUGCACCAAUAGGCCUGUUUAUGCUUUUGACCUAUUGGGCUUUGGACGAAGUAGUAGACCCAGGUUUGACAGCGAUGCAGAAGAAGUAGAGAAUCAGUUUGUGGAAUCCAUCGAAGAAUGGAGAUGCGCCUUAGGAUUGGACAAAAUGAUCUUGCUCGGGCACAACCUGGGUGGGUUCUUGGCUGCUGCUUACUCACUGAAGUACCCAUUGAGGGUCAGUCACCUCAUUUUAGUGGAGCCUUGGGGUUUUCCUGAGCGACCAGACCUUGCUGAUCAAGACAGACCAAUUCCAGUUUGGAUCAGAGCCUUGGGAGCAGCAUUAACUCCCUUUAACCCCUUAGCGGGCCUCAGGAUUGCAGGACCCUUUGGUUUAAGUCUAGUGCAGCGUUUAAGGCCUGAUUUCAAACGGAAGUAUUCUUCAAUGUUUGAAGAUGAUACUGUGACAGAGUACAUCUACCACUGUAAUGUACAAACCCCCAGUGGUGAGACAGCUUUCAAGAAUAUGACAAUUCCUUAUGGAUGGGCAAAAAGGCCAAUGCUGCAGCGAAUUGGUAAACUGCACCCUGACAUUCCAGUUUCAGUGAUCUUUGGCGCCCGGUCCUGCAUAGAUGGCAAUUCUGGCACCAGCAUCCAAUCGUUACGCCCACAGUCAUAUGUGAAGACUAUAGCUAUCCUUGGUGCAGGGCAUUAUGUAUAUGCAGAUCAACCCGAAGAAUUCAACCAGAAGGUCAAGGAGAUCUGCAACACAGUGGACUGAGCACACUGAAGCGCUGUAGGAACAACUGGUGACUGGCAGGCUCUUUGGCAAACUCACCAUUAUAGCCAAGAAUGAGAAAUAACCCAAGAGCUAGGCAGUCUCCUGUGCUGACUUUGCACAUGUUUUUAAGAAGUCACUUGCAUAUCUAAACCAGUUAGUGCCUUUUAGAAGGGUGUUCCUUUCUCCUAUACAACAUUUAAAUAUAAAAGAGCCUACAAACUUAAUAGCCUUAAAUAAAAGGUUAUUUGUCCUCUGAUAUACUAAAAAUUUGUUAUUUUUUAAAUGAGACAUUUUUACCUAACUUUGCUGAUUGGGUCCUUUUUAUAUUUUAGUCUGUAUUGCCAAUUGAAGGGCACGAUUUCCAAGUAUGUUAGUUAUAUGCAUAAAGGUGCACUUUAUUUUCUUUCCAAAUAUUUUAUUCUAACAACUAAUAUAGUUAAUCCAAAUCCAGAGUAUUUUUUAUGUAAAAAUUUUUAGUUGUUUAGAAUACUUCGUUUUGAAAUGUAAUGAAAAGAUAGGCUUUGAUCAAAAGAAUGGGUGUCAAUCACUAGCAUUAAUUCUCCUGGUUUUCCUGUUUUUAUAUUUAAGACUGGAAGGCUAUGUUCAACAUUUUAAAUGUGACCUAUCCUGACAUACAGUCUGCAUUACAUUGGAACUUUUGUGUGAUACAGUGUCUUACUUCCAAGGAAACAUGGCCUUAAUACUUCUGUGAUAAUUACUGAAAACUUGCCCCUUUUCCUUCCCAUUAAUGUGAUCUUUCCCAGAAACCAGGAAAGAACAAAUGGAACAGAUUUCUCACUCAUGGGGAUAUUGAGACUGUUACUUUUCAGUAAGCCAGGUCAUUUUUUUAAUGAAAAUUCUAACUCAUAUUCAUAUAUAGUAUAUAUAUGAUAAAACUGGGUUACAUUUUUACCACUAAACCAUAAAGAAUAGGUGGUGCGGUUAUGUCUUGUGGUAUCAGACAUGAGCUAGCACUUGUAUUUAUUUUUUAAUGAGUAAUGUGUUGAUUGAGUCGUUUAUAUACUUUGAAGUUAUAUUACAAAAAUCCUAUAAUGUUGAUUGAAUUGGUUGACAGUAACUAGUAACAAAUUUAGCACUUUCUCACAUAUUUAAAACAAGGGAAAUUUUGUAACUGUGAGAAAGUUCCAUGUGGUAACUGGAUGCUGCAGACAGCCUCCUCCACAGAAAAUGAAAUAGAAUUACCAGCAGUGCACUUUGCUAACAUGGCUUAUCUAGGAGAAAGCAGUGAACUAGAGCUAAUCCUGUGAUGGUUGGUGUCAUUGCAUUGUUUGUGGAUAAUUAGGAAAUUUGUUAUAAGAGAUAAAAUUUUAUCACUGUUCAUUAACUACCAGAAAGACUGACUUCUGUUUUCAGCAUCUUCCCCUAUGAAAGAAGAGAUAGAUGAUAGUGAAGCCAGCCUUCAGCUUCCUGGUGACUCCUUAGGUGCACUGGCUUAGUGCAGAAAGGUGACAGGGGAACCUUAAGAACAAAGGUAGCCUUUACUUUGUAGUUAGUGAGCGUCUUGAGUGGCCACAUUGAAACCUGGAAGUGGUAUGAAUAAUUUGAGCAAUACUUCUAAAUUUUGUUUACUACUCACUAAUCUCUCUUAGUUGUUAUUCUUUGCUGGGUGAAUGCUGGUUUCUCUCAUAUGGGGAAGUCUCUGUAUAGGAAAUGGUUUUCCCCAGAUAUCAAGCAAAAACGAUUUUCCUGCUGACUGACCUGGCUUUGUUUGUUGUCAUACCUCUUUUGAAUUUAAAUUGUUCUGUGGUAAAACAUAUAUGAUUUGUGAAGAUUGAACUAUCAGAGAAUUUUAUAAUCCUAGAAUCCCUGAGAAUGCGAUGGGUGCUAAAUGUGCUUUCUUAAAUCUGUUACAAUAUUUGAUUUGAGUUAUACACAGUGUGCCUUUGUCUUCUUUCAUAAAAUAAACUUGACUGUGGUGGCGACAGCAGCAAGGAAGCUGCAUGGUUUUCUGAGUCUUUGUCAUGAAUUGGUCUGUUCAUAACACUUAGGACAGGACCAUGACCACUGAGCAUCCUGUGAACACAUGCUUACGAGGGAAGCUGCUGCAGGGCAUGCCUGUGUGUGGCUACCAUAAACGAUUCUAUCUUUAUGUAGUUCUUUGAAAUAAUUCCUGUUUUGUUUUUCCGUUUUCUUCUAAAACUCAAUUAAAAAAAAAAAAAAAAAAAAA